AUGCCGCCGCCGCGCCGCUCGUUGCAGCCGCGGUUCACAGAGCAGACACCUUCCCUGAAGGCCGCCACUGAGUUAGCGACGACGCACGGCGACACACUAUCUCUGGUGCCGCCAUCGCACGCCUCCCUCGUAUGGGCGAAGGCGCCGCGCGUUGCAACGAAAGGCGAGUCUCUGUGCCGAGCAGGACAGGCCCACGCACAAGUAUCGGUUAUCGUCUCGCCCUCUCAUAAUGGCCGACACAACACCCGGUGGGCCAACGCUCGAGGCAUGACAGAGACCUUGAAGAGCACAGGGGCUUCCACAGGACGUAGCGCGCCGCGUAGGUCCUCCGUAUUAACCGCGGAGAGCGACAGGGAGACAACCGCUCGAGUCAGGUCCGCGCGUUCAUUUGCCCGAGCCAGGUCUGCAGAGCCGUGCCCAUGCCCAUCCCCCCAGACAUUUGACCGUGCUGCUUCUCUCAGGUACGCUACUGCUGCAUUCACAGGAGAGAGCGGAGAGGCUGUCGGCGCCUCCGGCCACCCGGCUCGGGCGUCUCGUCUGGCAUCUGCCCAGGCACACUACAACGCACGUCUGAGGGCCUAUGCUCGCCCGCAGCUAAGUGAGGCGGGCGAUGCGGUGAUCGCAGGGCCGGAAGGCCGAGCGGUGUGCGCCAGCCCCGCCCGCGACGUUUCUUACACCCACUCCAUAUCCUCUCCAGUGCUGCACCCCAGUGUCUCUGUGUCUUUCGCGGAAGCCGCGUCGCACCUAGGUCAUCCCCGUAACUUCGUCGCGUCUGCUGCCCCUACCAGGGACGGUGACAGCGAUAAUAAAAGCUGCCCCUCACUGCCGCCGUCGCCAUCCAGUACCACCGCUGUUGGUAGUGCAACCCGCUACGACACAGAGGGGCCGGCAGCCUUAGACAAGCCGUGGUUGGGUGUAACCCCAGUCCACGGCAUCCUUAAAGGGAGGGGGCGCAUGAACAGCACCACGCGUGUGGCGUCGAGCGCCGUCUCUUCGACCGGGUGCACGUCCUCUUCCCACCGUGCGCACACUCUAUCCAGUGUCCCGAAGGCUGUCGUUCGUGACCCAAGCGCACGCUCCUUGUCCAAUCCAGAAACCAUUAGCGUGCAGGAGUCUGCAAGGCAGGCACGGCAUGUGACGUUCGACGAGGCUGCCAUCAAGUACCUCGACGCCUACGAGAGUCACGUAUACGAUGACAGUCGACUAGGGAGGCACCUGGAGAACGUGGAGUGCGGGACUCCGAUGCUGCUGUCCUGCGCCGUGAGGGACUUCCGCAGAUGCCAACCUCCGACCACCACGGAGGCGUGCAUGCGGAAAGAAAACGCCGACAAUUGGGAUGCCGACUCGGAGUGGUUCAACGAGGAGUUCGGCGCCCAGCUCACGCUGACCGGCGCCACAGCUGACUCUGCGAAGGCAGCACCCACCCAAUCGUCGUCGGCUGCGGCGAGGGAGUCACCACCGUUGCAGUCCGCUGUCCUCAUCAAGCGUCCUUCUCGGGUGUUGAUCUCUUCGUCGUCGGCUUUGUUAUCCUCGUCGGCUAACACCGCAGCAACGGCCGCCACCGCGGCGCGCGGUGCCACCCGCCAACUCGGAAAGCCAGGGCGGAUGCGAGACGAGUAUGAUUCAGUCGGCAGCUGUCAAAGCCUCGGUACACCCCGCUCCUCUUUCCCCUCUCGCACUCCCCGGGGCACGAGCACCGUCAUGAAUACGCACCACGCCAGCGCCCCGUUCGGUGCACCCACCGCAGCAAGCAGCAGCACCGUGACUGCUGGAGAGGCCAGUGAACCCACUAGCGACGACGGCCGCGACUCGUCGCCAGUGCUGGCGUACGAAAAUGCUUCCUUCAUUGCAUCAACGCGCUCUGUCAAUCAUAGCGUCGUAGUCUCGUCGCUCUCACGAAGUACCGUUGCCCCGGCCCCACCACUGUCCGUUAGUGACUUGCGGCGCCGUUCCCCGGCAGCCUCAACGUCUUUGUCGCCGUCAGAGUGUAGUGGAGCGAGUGGGUCCCGUCGCGGGAGUAGCCACCGGCGCCUUUCGUCUCCUCGCGUCUCCCUCUCGAACGUCGAGGCUGCGCUGGACAAGGUGGCGGAGAGCGAACAGGGUGCUCGAUCGACAAAGCAGGAGAUUUCCCCGGUGCCACCGCGGACGCAGGCAGUGGCGGCCAACCAACACGACGGCGAAUCCCCUACUUUAGGUGCGAUGAGGCUGUCGAUGGCCGAGCGUCGCUUGCUCCAAGCCGUUAUUCAGUCGAAUGAACGCAAACACCCCACCGAUCGGGCGGCCACUUCGUCCGUUGUACCGAGCAGGACAACGACUGGUGCGUCUCCCGCGUUAAUGGCAGAGAUGCCGAGCGGGACCCUUAGCAGCGGCGCAGGCGGCGCCCUCAGCAGCAACUCCGUCUCCACCUCUAGCUUGGCCGGGGGUGGUGUGCGAGCGCUGCGCGAGACAACCCCGGCGCUGGGCAACCCCCACGCAAACGUUCUUUCGGCCGAAGUACGUGAGUUUCUCGACGCCAGUGCACCCUCACUGUCCUCCAUAACUUCUCGUCGUUCACGUGCCAACCAACCGGCAUCCGUGGACGAGGCAGGCAGCGCCUACUCGAGCGCGCGAACGCAGGUUUUCCAUGCUCAGCUUUCUAGCACAUGCAGCACUGCGACACCACCAGCAGCCACCGCGGCAACUAGCGCCGUGAAUGGCAACCCCGGAAGCACGACAGUCCUGAGGGCCAACUCCAUCAGCAGUGCGCUCUCGCCCUCCCUCUUUCCCUCCGCUGAGCCAGCGGUGUCAAAGGCUGGAGGGAAUGGCUCUCAGAUGUCGCGGAAGGAUGACACCGUCAUCGCCGCCCCAUCUGCGUUGUCCAGUGAAGCUCGGCGAUCGCGCACAAUCACAUCGCACCUGCACAAUCAUCGACUGGGCAUGCCCGCUUUGCAACUGGCGCACCCUCGGUCGGGUGACGGCGACAAGGACGAGGAUGAGUCGGAGCCGCACAUACAGGUACCGGUUCCCCUUCCGCGAACACCGCCUAGCAAGUCGAGCUGGGCAGCGCAGUGA